UAGAUACAACAAGAAGACUCAAAUGGAGAGUAGUGAUCACUCUGAUCAACCGAAACCGGCAGGACAACAAGAUGGACAACCAAAAGAAGAAGAAGAGAACUUGAAGGGAGAGGCGUUCAACUAUGAUGACAUUCUGGAACACUUGGGACAACUAGGAAAAUUCCAAUUGCGAACUGUUUUGUGGCUCUGUGUACCAGCGCUAUUUCCAGCUUUCGUCACCAUGUCGCUCACUUUCACUGGCGGUGUACCCGAUUACAGAUGUUUUGUUGACGGUUGUGAUGAAGUCGAAUCACAAGGACAGGACGGAAUGGAUUAUUUUUCCCCUCCUUGGUUGAAUAACACCAUUCCUGGAUGGGAAGGCGAGUCUUCAUCAACUGAUAACCGAAUAAAGAGACAAUGUUACGUUUACAAUCACACAUGGAACAAUGUUGAAGAGUGUCUCGCCGGCAGCGACGUCGGUAUCGAUCAAGAAAUACAAUGCAGCGAAUGGGUCUAUGACGACUCAAUAUUCGGGUCUACUGUAGUCACUGAUUUUGAACUAGUCUGUGACGACGAGAAUAAGCGACCAAUACCUGGCAUGGCUUACAUGGCAGGCAACGUCUUCGGCCCCCUACUAUUUGGAUUCCUAACAGACAAAACUGGUAGAAAACCAGCGUUCACACUGUGCGUCUUUAUUUUGUUCAUUUUGGUCACCGGUGCAGCUUUUUCAACGAAUAUAAUAACCUUUAGCGUACUGCGAUUUUUAAGCGGAAUCUGCAAUAUUGGGUUCUUUGACAUUUAUUAUGUCUGGGGUGUUGAAGCUGUUGGGGAAAGUUACCGAGUUGUUGUUGGUUUUAUGUUUCAAUUGCUCUUUACGGCUGGUUCUGCCGUGUUGGGUAUCAUCGCUUACUUUGUAAGAGAUUGGCGUAAACUACAUCUCAUCAUAGGAGUUCCUAUUUUCACCUUUGUUUCACUAUACUGGAUGGUACCGGAAUCGAUUCGGUGGUUGAUUGCGAAGCGACGUUACAAAGAAGCAAAAGAAUUAAUCUUGAAGGCAUCAAAAGUGAACAAGAGAUCAAUUCCUGAUCAUUUGCUUGUAAUUCCUUAUCAGCAUCUAUCAGAACAACAAGAAAAAGGGAUGGCCAUAUUCACCAUCCAAGCUGAAGAAAUAUUAAACGAUGAAAAAAGACCGAGUACCACAAAAGAUUCUACUGAAAAUAGCGAAGAAGGUGUUAUGGACAUUUUACGAUCCACGGUUAUGGUCAAAAGGAUCGUUAUAUUAAUGGCAGCUUGGUUUGCUUCUGUGAUGGGUUACUACGGCAUCACAUUUGCGGCAAACAACUUAUCUUCAAGCUUUUACAUCAAUUACGAGCUGAUAAUGUUAGUUGAGAUUCCUGCUUACAUAUUCGGCAUCUACAUAACAGACAAAGUUGGCAGAAGACUUACUUUAAGUGUAGGGCUGUUGAUCAGCGGUGUUGGCUGUCUUAUCACUGGGCUGCUCCCAGCAGAUCAGGAGGUUACGCAAGUUGUUUUCUCAUUAAUUGGAAAGUUUUUCAUUUCGACCGUUAUGGCGGCCCUCUAUGCGGCGACGGUUGAAUUAUUUCCAACGGAAACAAGGGCGAUAACUAUGGGGAUAUGCUCUACAUCCGGACGAUUUGGGGGAAUUUUGGCCCCUCUUUUAGCUGACGCUGGUAGCAGAAUUGAUCCCGCUUUUCCUUACAUAGUUUUUGCUAUAGCUAAUAUCGCUGUCGGUGUUUUGUGUUUCUUACUGCCGGAAACCAACAAUCUCCCACUUCCUAAUAAUAUUCAAGAAGCCAUCGACAUGGAAAAGCAUACUUUUUCUUUGCGUGGCUGCUGUAAAAUUCCAAGUGGGGAAAAGUGAUUAAAUUUGAAGUUUGAUUAUUACCUUCUUCAUUUUUAAAUCCGAUUUGAAAGAUAUUCUGUACUUCGGAAAAAUCAAAAAUGCAUAAAUGCUUUGUUCCGUUUACCUAAUUAAAAAUGACUCAAAUGUACGUAUUCAGAAUUUCGGAAAAAUCUUGUAUUACAGUUAAACCAGGAUCUCCAUUUCUGGAACAAUAUCUUAGCAUGAACACCAUUCUCUAUCCAGUAAUAAUCAGUAAGUAAAAUCCAACCUUGCCAACA